AUGUUCUCAUCCAGGUGUUACAAUCUACAGCAUGCUGACAUAUCACACGUAGUUCUGAAUAGCACCCAGUAUGGUGUUGCUACCAUUUGGCUGGUGGCCACUGUUGGCAAAAAUAACCAGAAGAGACUGACCAAGAAGGCCAUCCAAGAGGUCAACGUCCCCAAGGCGUGUGAAAAGAUAUUGGACCCUGGAGCUCCCCUGGCGCUCCGCCUUCAGGGAAACUUGCUCUACGGAGUGUCGCGUGUUUUCGCCCAGCAGUGCUCCUAUGUUCUCACAGAUGCCGAAAAGACACAGUCUGAUAUGGUGACCUUUUUCCGCGUCAUUCGGACAAGUGAGAUUGAUCCACGGGCUGGCAAGACAAAGCGCCAGAAUAUCGUGUUGGAAGAUGACCCCGGCUUCGACCCAUUGGCUGCACUUCCCAACCUUGACCUUCUUCGAUGGGAUAGAGAUCUAGUCCUACUUCCCAGCCAGGGUUCGGCUAGCAAGUUCUCCCAGAUGACACCGCUCGGCACUGCUAGCCAAGGCAGUUCUUCGCCACGCCACCCCUCUGCACUGAUCAACCUACAGCUGCCGCCCUCGUCGCAGUCUGCCGCAAGCUGCCGCAUACCUUCAGAUUUUGGCAAUCUCAGCCCUUUGUUUGGUCGAUCAAUUCAUCACACAGACAAUAUGGGUGAAUUCCAACCCUUUGGUGAUGAUGAAUUCCCAUCCAUUUCGGGAAUCGGUUUCGAUUUCGACGCAGAUGGCAACCUCAUCAGCAUCCUUGACCAAGAGCCAGAGCUACCACCUCUGCCUGUUCAAGUUCAAGUAAGCCCUGUAGUUGGUCUUGGAUUACAACGUAUAACCAAAGAGGCGCGAGAGGCUCAGCCACAAGUAGCCGAAACAGCAACGGCAGAGUCUGGCCAAGCAUCUACUAGGAUGGCCAGAUCCCGUCGAAUAAAUCCGCAUACGAUGGUUGACACAAGAAUCACGCUUCAUAGGCAAGUCAUCAAGGACUGGGAACCAAACUAUGCUGCAAACAUGGCCUCUGUUCUCGGACAGCAGCAGAAAUCGACUACUACCAAAGGCCAGGCGAAAAAGAAUGCAAUGGCGCUUCUCUAUGACUAUGGCAUCGCUCAUGUUGGAGCAUACCAGAACGCAGCAGGCUUAGUUCACCCCUUGGCGGCCGAUUUUGUUGGCAUCUCGUUGAAGGCUCGCCUUCAGGGUCGAGAGCCAGAGGAAAUCGAGCAAUCCGAGCCCAAAAAGCGAGGUCGACGCCGAAAGUCGGAUGAGGCAUUUGAGGACGAGCAAAACGCUGAAGAGCGAAACAUGAAGCAGCGAGUGGAUGAAGAAGUUGAGCUUGGGCGAGGCGAAAACCGCGACAUUCACGACGACGCAUACAUCAUGUUCAGUGAUCAUUCUAUUCCUGAAAUUGGAAUGGAUGCGGCACCACCAAUGGAAGAUCGUCACUCUUCGUCUAUGAUGCCAUGGAGCAGACCUGGCUCCGCCGUCCCAGGCUCAUCUGUUCGAGGAAGCGCGCAGAAGUCAAAAGUUACUCCAAGCCCAUUGUUUAAUCGUGGAAGCGCACUGGGCAUGAUUGACCGCCAUAGUGACCCUGCCGAGCCACUCUUUGGAAUGGACGACUUUGGUUCUCACGACUCACCUUUCCAGCUCGGCGGACCAGUUGGUCCCCUGGACUUUGAUCAAGACAACACUCAGGUUUCAACUCAAGGUCUUGAUGUGAACAGCCAAAAUUUCCUGGAAUAUGUCACGGAACAGGCUGCAAAGACGGGCGUCAUCCAUGAUCGGGAUCCGAAAGGUCGUCGGUGGAUCAAGUUUGAGGAGCUGGCUGAGACUGGCACCCACUCUAAAGCGGUUGCCGCUCAGGCUUUCCUCCACGUACUGUCUCUGGCGACAAAGAAGAUCAUAUCAGUUCAGCAAGAAGGCGCGGCAGCUAUGGAGCCUUUUGGAACUAUUCGAAUCGGAAUCAAUGCCUCCAUCAGCGCUGAAAUGCAGGACGCAGAAAUGGAGUCUGAGGAUGAGCUUGCUUAA